CACAGGAGUCGCUUGUAAUCUUCUAAUUUGGCCACCAGAAGCCACUUAUUUGGCGGAUUCUGAUUCCAAGUCUUGUGCUUUUCCAAACCCCACUUCCCAUGUUUGCCUUCCCUUUCUUCCCCUCAAAACCCUAGGCGGAGCCGGAGAAAUCCCCGCCCAUGGAAGAAGACAGUAUAGAUAUGGUUCUGGCCAGAGCCACCGACCUCCGAUUGAAGAUCAGCAACUGCAUUCACAAUGCAACAACCACUGCUAGAACGGGAAAUGAAGCCGCUGACGACGGCGGUUCCGGUUCCGAAACUGCGGUCGGAGAUACGGAGGACGAUGAAGAAGUAGAACGACUUUUGAGUGUCUGCGAUGCUCUCGAGUCCUUGGAGACUCAGCUCUCCUCGUUGCAGGAUUUACAACAACAACAGCGAUACGAACGGGAAGCUGCCCUCAGCGAGAUCGAACACAACCGCAAGAUGCUACUCGACAAGCUCAAGGAGUACAAAGGGGAGCAUUUGGAAGUCAUAAAUGAAGCUUCUGCCUUUGCUGGGGAGGCAGUAAAGAACAACCAUGACUUCAUGCUUCCUCCAUACCCAAGCCGUCUUCCAUUCCCUCUCCACCUAAACAAUGGCCAUUUAUUACCAUCCUUGUCUGCUCGCAAAGCUGCCCAUAAUGGGGUAUCCUUAAGCUACAUGAAAAACGACACGGAAAGGGAGUCAAGCGAGUCGUUGACGACCAACAAACAAGCAAGCACGAGAAACUCAAGGAGGAACGGGUUCGGUUCACUCGUAGCUGCAGCAGCCAAGGCAGUGUUCACCAUUGUUGGUGUUGUGACCAUAAUGAGCAUAUCUGGUUUCGGGCCACGAAUCGUAGUAAAAAGAGCUUCUACUCAUUUGAUGAAAUCCAGUGCGAUCGAACAGCCAUCGACAGAAGACGAGAGACCGAGAACUCGGUGCCCGCUGGGGAAAAUCCUGGUUGUGGAAGACGGGGAGGAGAGGUGUUUGGUGAAAGAGAGAAUUGAAGUUCCAUUUUCUUCUGCUGUGGUAAAACCAGAUGUGAACUAUGGAUGUGAUGAAUUUGCUCAUAAGAACACAGACAUGGGCACCUGUGGUGGUGAAGGAAGGGUCUUCACUGAACAACAAGAGGCCCUUGUGGUCAAGUCAUGGGGUGUCAUGAAGAAGAAUGCUGCUGAUUUGGCCCUCAAACUCUUCCUCAAGAUAUUUGAAAUUGCGCCGUCGGUUAAGAACCUGUUUUCGUUUUUGAGAGACUCGAAAGUUCCGUUGGAGCAAAACACGAAGUUGAAGCCUCAUGCGUUGAGUGUCUUCACUAUGACUUGUGAGUCAGCCGUUCAGCUUCGAAAAGGAGGGAUAGCGGCGGCUAAAGAAACCACUUUGAAGAGGCUAGGUGCUUCGCACCUCAAGUACGGUGUUGUCGAUGAACAUUUUGAGGUGUUGAAGUAUGCACUUUUGGAGACCAUUAAGGAAGGAAUUCCAGAGAUGUGGAGUGUGGAGAUGAAAGAGGCAUGGGCUGAGGCUUAUGAUCAAUUGGUUUCUGCCAUUAAAGCUGAAAUGAAGCCUUCUUCCACCUCUUAAACCUUACCCUUUUAUGUCUCAAUGUUCACCAUGUUUAAAUAAACGUUUUGUACGGUAGUUUCUAAAUUCAAAAGCGCUCGAUCGGGUUGAAUUAUAAUUUUAAGAAUCAAUUCAGUUCUA